AUGGGCACCCAGGGAAAGGUGAUCAGAUGCAAAGCCACUGUGCUCUGGAAGCCUGGAGCCCCUCUCGCCAUUGAGGAGGUCGAAGUGGCCCCACCCAAAGCAAAGGAGGUUCGAAUAAAGAUGGUGGCCACAGGAGUCUGUGGCACAGACAUAAAAUGUCUGAACACACAAGAACUUUCUAAGUUUUGCCCCAUGGUUAUGGGCCAUGAAGGAGUUGGGAUAGUCGAGAGUGUGGGGGAAGGAGUAAGCAGCGUAAGAACAGGUGAUAAAGUUAUCCUAUUAUGUAUCCCUCAGUGUGGGGAAUGCAAAACUUGCCUGAAUUCCAAGAACAAUAUUUGUACAGAAAUUAGACUGUCAAAGACACACCUGGCAUCUGAAGGCCCCAGCAGAAUUACCUGCAAGGGAAAGUUAGUGCAUCAGUAUAUCGCUCUCGGCAGCUUCUCGGAAUACACAGUCCUAAAGGAAAUCUCAGUCGCCAAGAUUGACGAAGGUGCACCUCUGGAGAAGGUGUGCAUAAUUGGCUGUGGGUUUGCCACUGGGUACGGCGCUGCCGUCAACUCUGCCAAGGUGACCCCAGGCUCCACCUGUGCGGUGUUUGGCCUCGGAGGUGUCGGUCUGUCUGUCAUCAUUGGCUGUAAAGCAGCAGGAGCAGCCAGGAUCAUUGCCGUGGACAUCAACAAAGACAAGUUUUCGAAGGCCAAGGCAGUGGGUGCCACUGACUGCGUAGACCCACGGGACUUUGAGAAACCCAUUGAGGAAGUUUUAUCUGAUAUGAUAGAUGGUGGCGUGGACUUCUGCUUUGAGGUCACUGGGAACACAGAAGCAGUGGGAGCUGCCCUGGGCUCCUGUCACAAGGACCACGGGGUCUGCGUGACUGUUGGAGCCAUAGCAUCUUUCACCAGUACACUCAGCAUCAGGAGCCACUUGUUCUUCUCAGGACGCAUUCUGAAAGGGUCUACCAUGGGAGGCUGGAAAACGAAAGAGGAAAUCCCUAAGCUGGUUUCCGACUAUAUGGCAAAGAAGUUUAACAUAGAUCCUCUGAUCACCCAUACCCUGACUCUCAGUGAGGUCAAUGAGGCAGUUCAGCUCAUGAGAAGUGGGCAAUGGUAA